AUGGCUUCUGUACGCCAAACAUUCCUCCUUUUCCUCCUCUCUUCAUUGCUUGCAUCUUCUGUCUAUGCCGGCCCAGAUGAUGCAGCUGCUCCCGGUGAUGAUGCAGCUGCUCCCGGCGAUGGUGCCAACCCGCAGCCUAUGGAUGGUGGGUCUGAUUACACAAUGCCCCCAAUUGAGACUGAAUUCUUGGGUGAGUGGGCAAUCGAUAAUCCUAAUGCCGGUGUGGCUGCCAUGCAACUGCAGUUGAUGCCUAACGAUAAAGUCAUCUGGUACGAUACCACAUCGCUUGGGCCUUCAGGUAUAAAAAUGCAACCAGAGGGAAACUGCCCAAUAAACCCAGAUGCAAAUAACCAGCCUGAUUGUUUUGCUCAUGCCAUCGCCUACGACUGGAAAACCGCACAAGUCCGAACACUUACGUUGCAAGGUGAUGCAUGGUGCUCUUCGGGAAACUUGUGGCCCAAUGGUAACUUAGUUGCUACUGGUGGUACCUUCACUGGUAAUAAAGCUGUUCGAAUGUUCCCUAACAACGAUGAUCCGAAUUCAGAUUUUGACACCAGACUCAAUGUUCUUGCUGAUGGUAGAUGGUACUCCGCUAACCAGAUUUUGCCAGACGGCAGCGCGGUGGUGAUGGGAGGUCGGGACUCUUACAGCUACGAGAUCGUGCCACCAUCGCUUGAAUUCACACCGAGGAGAUUCGACAUGCCUUUCCUCCAGCAAACAACAACACCGGCUUUGGGACCUGGCAGACCUGUGGAGAAUAACCUUUAUCCAUUUGUGUUCCUCCUUCCCGAUGGUAACGUGUUCCUUUAUGCCAACAACCGAGCUAUCACCUUCGAACCAAAUACGGGCAAUGUGGUCGCUGAGCAUCCGGAAUGUCCAGGCGGUGGGGCUCGCAACUAUCCCCCUUCUGGCAUGGCUGCUCUUCUCCCAUUGAAACUCACCCCAGAUAACCAAGCAAUGAAUGUUGAGGUUGUAGUUUGUGGUGGUAACUUGCCUGAUGCAUAUCAAGUGGUGGAUGCAAGACAUGUUACUGAAAAGGAGUUCAUGCCUGCACUGCAAGACUGUUAUAGAAUCCAUCCCCUAAUGCCAGAUGCAGCAUGGGAGAAGGAGCAAGACAUGCCAUCACCAAGGACCAUGGGAGACUUGUUGCAUCUUCCCAAUGCAAAUCUUUUGAUGCUUAAUGGUGCCAGAAAGGGUACCUCUGGUUGGGAGGAUUCCACAGAUGCCAAUUUUGUUCCUGCCUUAUAUACACCAUUCAAACCUAUGGGUGAGAGGUUUAAAGAAUUGACUCCAACAAACAUCGCCAGGAUGUAUCAUUCUUGCUCAGCGUUGUUGCCCGACACCAAGAUCUUGGUCGCUGGCAGCAACCCGCACCAAUUCUACACGUUUGACGUCGAAUUCCCAACCGAAUUGAGGGUGGAAAAGUUCACUCCUCCUUACUUGGACCCUGCACUCGAUGCAGAAAGACCCAUAAUUGACCCAGCUGGUUCCGAUGUGGUUUUACAAUACGGACAACCAUUUAAGAUUGCAGCUACUAUGACAUCAAACGAAGUGUUGGCUCUGGGUGAGAAUAUAAUAACCAUGGUGUACCCACCAUUCACCACUCAUGGUUUCUCUCAAAACCAGAGAUUGAUCAUGCCGGCAAUCACAGGGAUUGAAAACAAUGUGAUCACGGCGGUUGCACCUGCAAACGGUAUGAUCGCUCCUCCUGGUUACUACAUGUUGUUUGUAAGUCACUUGGGCGUGCCAAGCCAGGGCAUUUGGGUCAACAUCAACUAA